AUGCUUGCAGAACGUGGUCGCCAUUCGAUUUCAGUGGCAAGCGACAAGCAUAUGUUCGAGAACAUGUCUGGAUUAGGAAGAUAUCCUCUUGGCAUCCCUUCGCUGUCUGACAGUUUUCUAGGCUCUAAUCAAAGAAGAGACAGGCUCGACUACGAUGACAGACGCUUCAGAGAACGCGAGAGAGACCGCAGAGACGAUGACUACAGGCGUGAUAGCGGGGGAUUGAGAGGAAGAAAUUCCCGCGACAGGUUUUCUCCUGAAGUAAGCUUUACUGUUUAAAUGAAAGGCCUAUUCUACCUGUUUAAAGACAAUUCGUUUCUUUGUAUGUUUAAAUGUGUCCUUGUCAAGCUUUUAUUUCUCAAGUAGUCUGUAGUUGUCCGCAACUUUUGAUCCAUAGAAUUGAAAACAACAUGCAAAUUGCACGUUGGUCAGACGAGUGUGAAAGAAGCUUUGAUCAAAGAGUGGAAACUGAAAGUCAUUGCGCGAAUUACUUUCUUGGAAAGGGACUUUGCAGUUUGUUUUUGUCAUUACAUGUAAUUUGGCUGGCUGAGAAAAUGCUCAGAGCCUCAGACCCUUGUUGUAUUUCAGUGUGUGUGACCAUAAACCAAAAGGCUGGGAGCUUGUGUCAGCAGCUGUUUCAAAUCGUCAUUACUAUCCUGAUAUGCUGAGGUGCUUUUCACUAUACCAGACUGACUGGUCACUGAGCUAACCAAAAAGACACCACAACAAUAUUGUUUGAUGAAGGAGGACGACUGGCUUGAAGUAGUCCAUUUGGGGGUUUUUCGACAUAUUCACUUGUCCCCAGCUUAAUUUAACUGGAUACUUAAGUCAGCCCCCACCCUCCCUUCCACCUUGUUACUCGAUAUUAAUCCCAUAGGUAAAGCAUUACACUUGGCUGCAGUUUAGUACAACAUGUUUGUUACUGACAUGCAUUACAUGAAGAUAUCAACAGUAUCCUAUCAACCCGAUUUACUACUUACAAAAUGUAGAGAAAACCUUUUAUGGAUUAAAUGAUGCCUUCUCCUACCUUUUCCAUCUCAACAUCUGCAUAUCUACAUUUCCUCAUUGAUGUAUUUGCUUCAGGCUGCAGUAACAUUAUUCAAAGGAGAAAACCAGAGGCCAACAUGUUUUUAGACAACAUAAACUAAUGGCCAGUGGCAUUCUAUGUCUGCCUGCUUUCUUUACUCUCGUUUGCAAAUGUAUUUACAAACAUCAGCAAACUAAGAACUUUUGGUAAACUUUGUCAGUGAUGAAGCACAAAGGUUAGAAGAUCACAUGGUACACUAACCUCUUUUUUUCUUCUUAAUUAUGCUUUCUCUUUAAACAUGACAUAAACUUUAUUAAAUGGAUCAGUUUGCUUUUGGUUAAAAAUGCCCCACACUUACAUCCAGAAACAGGGUGAGAUUAAAAUUAAAUUAAUCACUCACCCCUCAGAAGCCAGCCAUUGGGUUAGCAUGUUUUUAUGAUGAGUUGCCUAAUGGACAAGCAACAUUUGCCAAGAAAGAGUUUUUGAUGUUAGUGAAAUGGGGGACUGGUAGGCCAGCUGUAGGACUGCUUCAGGCUUGUAAAUGUUCCACUUAUCCUGGGCCAUCAGACAGCACUUUUGUCAUGCCCUGGAUUCAUCUUGCUCUUUCCUCUCCCCAAAAUGGUUAAGUCGAUUUUAAGUGGGAGCAAGUGAAUAUGUCGAGGGCCCAUUAUUUUUUAGACCCAAUUUUUGGUUACUCUCGGUGAAAGGGAAAAUGAGGAUUUCUGAGAAUGGAAGGGAAAGGUUUGGUCAGACCAGGCUUACUGGACGAUCAAAGAUUUUACUUUUGGAGGGGGACCAGUAAAUUUUUGUGGAAAAUUUCCAUUUACACCAACCAGGUUCCAUCUAUGUUUUGUUGAUUUUAUUUGGUGUAUGCUUCAGCAAACAAAUAAUAUUGUCUACCUAUGUCUGAAAAGUGUCCAGAUGUUUGGAAAAGAGCGUGGAAGUCCUUGCAUUCAACAGUUUUGUUUCUGUCAGUCUGGUGCUCUUAAUGGAAGGAUUUUUGGAGGGUACACAAAGAUUUAACUUUGAUUUUAAUUAUCAAUCAACCUCUUCUGUGGAAAAACACAACACUGUAUGACAAUGUGAAAGGUUGAAAGUUCUUACCUUGUACUUAACACCUGUAACAUUACUAUACAUUGUUUGUAGGGUGCAGUCAGCAUUUUUGCAUCAUCUUAAUUUAAGCAAUACUACAACAGAAUCCUCAUACCUGUUUGUACUAUUGUAUGAUAAAUUAUUUCUUGAGAUUCUUGGAGCUGAAAAGUUUCAGACAUAUGUAUUGUGAUGCAUGCAUCUAUACCCUUCUCAAACCUGCCUGAUCUUUGUAAGUUCCUGUUCUUCAUACUUAAGCAAUGGCCAUGACGCGAUCUUCAAUAGUGGACUGUAAGUAUUGAAACUGUAAGUUUUCCACCUGAUGUAGGAACAUCAUUGGUUUUUGGAGUUUGGCAUCAUUGCACGUGAACAUUAUAUUUCUUCAGAAAAGAAAUGGCCGAUUGACAAUGUUAUUGUAUUUUGAUACUAACAACAUUCUUGCCUCUAUUUUAUCACUUUACACACAGCCGUCAUUCUCAUCAUCAUAUGAUGACCUCAGGCAAGGAAGUCACUCAGAUCUUGUCAGUUACCCUUUAGGACACCUGGGAGGUUCCAGGUCUGACCGCAACGUUGGUAGGAAUGAUAGAAAUCGCAAUCAGAACAGAGACCGCUAUCGCAACAACAGCAAUAAUCGGUCGCAGGGUAACAGAGGAGGCCCAUCGAACCAGGGACCUGGAAUUCUGGGUGCUAAGCCUGGUGAUCGUUCAGUCCCAGAACUUCCAUCAAAUCCCAUGCAAGUGCCAGGUCUGGUGAAAUUAUACUUUUGAUCAGUUUUUACAAUGUAUUCUCCUUUGUUGUCAACUUAGUAGUGGAACUUUGUCCACAUGCCCUUGUUCACCAGAUUUGCUCUGGUUUGUUGGCAAUCCUAGACAUAUUUGGUGUGAAACUUGCAACAACUCAACUUUUUCUUUGGUGUCCCUGUGUUUUUUGUCCGCCGAAUGUGAAGUUUCCUCUUAACAUUCUGCAGUAUCUGUUUGCGAUAUUCAGUGGCUACUUCUGUUCAACAUCGACGAACUAAAGUGCACAGCUUCUUGUCUUUUAUGAGCAGAUAAGUAUCCUAGGGACAAAACUCUCACAACAGGUUUCAGAACUUCUUCUGGUGAUUGGCUCAGUAACAUUGUUAACGCAACACAUACAUAUACAUCCUUUUGUGUGUGUUGUCAAGAUUGUUUUAUGUUGUGAAGUUUAGCACCUCAAUAUCUUUAUCUUGUACAAUCUGAGUGUUUGAUCUUCUUGUUGGUUUAAUACAUUACAGCUUAUUAGCUGUUACAAGAUGAUGGAGUUAGUUUAACUGAUGUUUGCAAUAUCCUACACUAUAAUUUACCACUCUGUUUAUGUAUGAGUUUGAACUCAACACCUGAAAAACUUAGCUCUUAUGAUUUUGAAGUAAGCAGUUCUUGGUAGAUGAUAUUUACAGCACCCAGACAUCAGCUUUCGUUUAUAAUUUGUUCGAAGAAAUGCUGUUGAGCCGUGUUGUACAUUCCUUUGGAUGGUUAUAGUCCUACUUGAGUGUAGUUACGUAGUCAUGGAGAACAAAAAUAUUAUUUGGAAACUAACAGAACAAAAUGGUUAGGAAAUAGGAGUUUUCAAUUCUUAUCUGUUUCCUUGUACAGCUUAGUGUACAUGUGGGCUUGCAUUCUUGCCAUUUUUUAUACCUGCAUUUGAAUGUAGUCUUGCAUACAGAUCACUUAAUAUUAUAUUAUACAACUGUUGCAUCCCACAGUAUUAUUUCACCAGAAUCCUGUAUGGCAGUGAACUUUAUCAUAUAGAUAACAAUUCCAAAAAAUGGCAUUUAUUGUCUUCUUGCAUUAGGUCCUACAGAAUAUUAUUUGGAUUCUUACACAAUGUUGCUGAGAAACUUGAAUGGUUUUGUCAGAAGAUUGUUGUCUGGUUAUAUAGACUUCUGCAUUCCUCUGAAAAUGGCCAGCAAAGGCACUGUUGACACCCCAGUUCAUUUGCUAUAGAAAUCAGUGAUUGUGACUUACAGAAAGUACAUUUCUGACCCUUUCCGCCUACUACUUGUGCGGUUCCACAAGACAGUACAAAGCAUUUUAAGAGGGCUGGCUCUGUGAUGCUUAAUACUGUAACCGUGACAACCACUAAAGUAGUAAAUUGAAAAAUCCUAAAGCCCAGCUGCUUAUCAAAGACUGAAACAACUUCAGAUUGGUCUCCAUGGUAUUAAGUUUAUUCUGGUCACUGUUUACACAUACGUGAGUGAUCUAAAAUGUUUCAGUGCUUCAGAAAUUCUGAUUUGCAAAUCUGUUAAUUGAGUUGCAAUUCAGUCUACUCUUUGGUAAUGGUCACCUCCAUGCAACAGCCAUAAUGUGUUGUCAGAGCCACUAGCAGUUUAUGGCCUGUGCUACUUAAUGGCGACAGCUAGCAUUUCACCAGUAAUUAAUUGUGGUAACCUUUACACAGUGGUUACACUACCUUGAUAAAAUUUCUUUUGCCACAGUCCACCAACACCAUUAAUCAUGUGGCUACAAUGAAGAAACUGCCAUGACCAAACUAGGUAGUGGUUCUAGCACAAUUGCCACUCAAAUCUUGGAAAUUUUAAUCCUUUUUUUCUUUCAAUGGGGGUCACAUAAUUUAUGCCCCAUACACAAUGGCCAUCAGUGUUACCCCAACAGUAGUAUUUGCGUAGGGGUUCAGUUGUUCUAGCAGUGUAAAUGGUUUCCGUGUAAUUCUUCAAUCAAGAAUGUGGUGUGUCUGCUUAGAGUCAUCCCUCUGUUAAACAUACUGGAAUGCACAGGACCAGGUGGAUAUGUCCUUCAUGUUUCAUCUGACAACAACUUGCUGCAAAAUUGAUCAGUGUCAUAAAAGGAUUUUGAAAGUUUUAAUGGCUGCGAUAUGUUCUAACUUUUCUCCUUUCAUUCCUAUACAAAGUUAUGGCAAGAUUAUUUGUCACACUAAUUUUGAACAAAAUCUUAUGGUGUUACCAUUCAAAUGAAACCUCUUCGAAAGGACAGAAUGUAAGCAUAGAUCUGUUUAGUAAUUUCUUAAAAUUUUACUGAAAAAAAUUUGAAUCUUUCUUUGAAUUUCUUUGGCCACUAUUACGUGUGAAGAGUAAGGCUGGUUUUUAUAUGUCUUGGGAGUCUCAGACUUUCAGAGAGUUUACUGUUUCCCGAAAACUUUGUAGACUUAUGAAAAGUAGGGAUGAUAGAUAUCCCCCAUCGUCUGGGAUGGUUGAGGACAAGUCAGGACAAACACAUCUCAGGUUUGUGUGAAGGCCUGUGUACCUACCUGGCAUAUGAGAAGUCAAGUUUGUUGUGUUGGGAUGUCACGGUCUGUUGGGCAAUUAUUAUUUUUGCUUGGUCCCAACUGUUUAGGUGUAAUCCUUCCCCUCAUAGAAUUACAGAGACUCCAAUUGAACAGUGUGCUAAUGACAAGCUAAGAGCAAGCUUGUGGAAACAAACUUAAUGCAAAAUCUAAUGCCCGUUUUCCUCAGUCUUCGAGGUAAUGCUAUGCAAAAUUUUUAGUUGUUUUUUCGCUGGACGUGUCAUCAAUACGCUAUGCCAAAAUUGCUGCUUCAAUGAUUCGUGUUCUACACGGUUCUUGGAGUGCAUGACGAGAAUUGCAUAGCGCACGAUGGGAUUCUCGUCACUCAGGAAACGAGAUACGACUGGUAACUUACUUUUGAGCGGUACUGUUAAUCAAAGUGGCAUCUGGGACAGUCUCUGAGAUCUUCCUGACAGAUCAUUAAGAACAGUGUGUUCCCUGACCGUCUGAGUUUUUCCUGACAUGUAAAAACCAGGCUUAAAGAUGAUGCUAAACAGGGAUAUGGUGAGCUCAUGUAAUUAUUGAUAAAUUACAAGUACAGUAAAAAAUAUUGCAACAUUUUAAAAUGUGGCUAGAUUUAAUCUUGUUUAGGCCAAACUUUGUUUAACUUAUUGGCAUUGUUUAUGCAAUAUUUGAGGGAAGAGCAAACACUAGUAAAUUAUUCAAUUAUUAAUGUCUGGAGUAGCAGCAUUUUCAGAAAAUGCCCUAUAUAUCAUGAUACUCUCUCUCCCUUUUUUUUCACUGUUAAUUUAACAGUGUACAUUAUUAAAAAUCCAGGUGUUGAGUUCAAAUUAUUGUUUUCAUAUCGUGACUCUUCAAAUCUUUUAAUUCUGUUCCAUUCUGCCACGUUAUGUAGACUCUAGUUUUAUGCUGUCUUUUAAACUUGACUGAAAGUGACAGUCAGUGAUUUAAUAGUGUUCAAGUGAAAUAUAUUGGCCUAUGUCUAAUGAAAUCUUAAUGGAUGUGAUGUCUGGACAAAGUUGAUACCAAAGAAAAUCAUUUUGGAGAUGAAUUAUAACAUCUAGCUUGAGUGCAUGUGAAGUGUUGUGAAUGUAUGGCAGCAAUCAGUGUCACCUUACUGGUACUUGAUUUCGUGAUUUUGUUGAAACAGUAUUUUGCAGGGUUUUAUUUUCGCGAUUUAAAGAAGCAAAUAAGUGUUUAAAAAGGGCAUUACAUUUUGUGAUUCAAGGGUCUUCAAGCAUUCUCAACCUUAUUUUAGUUUUCAAAAAGUGUGACCUGUGUAGUUUCACCUGAAUUACGCAGGGUUAGGAAUGGCAGGCGGUGGCCUAGGAUCUGGUCUAACAGCCCAGCUAGCCCAACAACAGCAGCAGCUUAUGGCUAUGGUUCAGACUCAGUCAUUGCUGGCAGCCAUGCAAGCCCAAGCCAAUGCUAACGCACAAGCCCAGGUCCAAGCACGAGCUAAACAGGGCAUGCAAUCCUCUAUGGGACUUCUUCCCACGCCUUUGAUACCAAGGAACCAGUCAAGGGAUUUACAGCGGCAGAAUCGCAAGCGAGGGCGGAAUGACAGUUGGGGUGGUGGCAACCAGGGAAACAAAAGGGAACGCUUUGACCACAACCGUCGGCAGCAAGGAGGCUACAGACAACAGAAUAGAAAUAGACCAAAUCAACAGAGUCAACAGGCUAAGAAGACUGCAACACCUGAUAAACCGGAAACAAAGAAAGAGGAAGCAGCGACUGAAGGGGAACUGCAUGAGGAGGAAGAUGAAGCUACACAGGGUACUGUCAGCCUUUCAGUCAGGCGCAUAGUCAAUGUUUUGUUUUGUUUUGUUUGUUUUAUUAGAGAGUUUUAGGUCCAAGUUUACCGCGAACCUCUAACAGCGGUUUGCGGUUACCCGUUUGCGGUUCGACGUUCAAACAUAAUUCGAUUUAGAUUGACGGUGGAUUAAAUUACGUCCGCCAUUUUGAAUCACCAGCCAUGAAUGGCACUUGUUUUCAAGAUCCAAUAGGAUUUAUAAAGUUUAGCAUUUCGCCCGAGUUUGUGCCUCAGUUAAUGGAUAAAGACUUGCUCCACAAAAUUGUUGUAUCAUUACGUGGGAUGAAGCAAGAAUUAUACGCUAAAAGCUUUCAGGUAAAUGACAUACGUGAAAACCUACCUCCCCAUGUUGAAAAUGCAAAACCUCAAACGUGACACAAAAGACUUGUCACGUGACCUCCAGCAGUUAGAGGUUCGCGGUAAACUCGGAUCUACAACUCUGUAUUAUCAUUUUGCUAUACACGCAAAAUAUACAUUUAAAAUGGUAAGAAAGAUGAGGCAAGGAAGCCCAAGGAAGCCAAUAAGGGUUGUGUAUAGGACCACCUUUAAAAAUUAUGUUAUGUAAUUAAUAACAAUUAUGUUACCUAAUUAAUAAUAAUUAUUACAAUACUGACAUCAGCAAUUUAACUCUAAGUACAGACAAGUAGUUUGGAACAUACCGGUAGAAAAAAAUCAUUAAAUAGGUUAAAAAGUAGAAAAGGCUGAACUUGAAAAUGCAAAAACGAGAAAGAAAAGGUGAGAAAAAUUAUGGAAGAAUAAACUUGAAAAAAAAAAAAAGCGUAAGAAGCCAAUGGCAUAGCACACAGUUAAUAUUAAUAUUCUAGAACUGAGACUAGCAAAUUCCUCACUUUUGUUUGUCUUUUGACUCUUGUCACUCUGUUUUCAUUGUGUGUUAAUUAUCACUGUGUGUUUUGGCUGUUUGAUUUUUUUGUCAGGUGAGGAGGAAGUAGAAGACUUGAACACAACUAAAGAAGAUGAGCAAGUUCAAGAUAAUGAAGUCAGUGAACCUCCAGAGUUCAAUGACCGUCCUCUUCCUAAGGCAGUUAACUUUGUUGGAGAAGAUGUUGAUGCUUUGAUGAUCUCUCUGUUUGACAAGAAAAGGUCGAAGUACAUCUGCCAGCAGUGCAAGAUCAUCUGUAAUAUACCAAUGGUAUGGAUAUACAGUAUGUUCAAAUGGACUUACAUUUACAGUAGAAUUGCUUACUUAGCUACUGAAAUCCAUGGUGGCAAUUCAGAAAAAAUGCCCUGAAAUGUUUUAAUUGUAUAGUAACAGUUGUCUGGGUUAUAAAAAGCAGAGUUUAUGGAAGCAAAUGGCAGCUGGAACCAAACAUGGGCCAUACUGCAGGCUUUUGAGUUUACACCUCGGUAAUACAGUGCACACAACUGACACCUUGUUUCCAAGGGAUGUGUUUCUUUGAUCAAGAUAUCUCCUACAUAACUGAUCACAUUUUUCGUGGCAGAUGUCCAUCCACUACUACUGUAAUUUUCUUAUUUUAAUAAUUAUGUCAAACACUGGGCACAGUGUUUUUUUUUUUUGGAGAAAAUAGACUGAAUUUUCAAACCACCACCAUCAUGCUUGAGUUUUCCAUUGUUUGCUCUUCAUGAAUUAUUAAUGAGUUAAAAUGUAAAUAAUAUUAAGACCAGUUGAUGCAAUUAAAAUUUUUCUUUGUUUUGUUCAGAGUUUUCAUAAACAUCUCUUGGGAAAGAGACAUGCCCGGACUGUAUUGGAAAAGCAAGGAAAAGAACUUGAUGCGGAAGAAUUCAAAAAUUUCUGCCAGGUAAUGAAGUUCAAAUAAAAUUAUGGUGGUCAUUGAGAGUGUUUGUUUGCUCCCUGCAAGUAGAGCCUCCCCGUCUUCUUUACUCAUGAAUUCCAAAUCAUUAUGGUGUGAAAAUCAAUGAAUAUUUUAGCCUGUAUGCUAUUUUGUUUAAUUUAGUGUUUCGAUUCUUUUUGCAAAACUUUCAAGGUUGUCAAAAGUAGAGCUGCCUGUGAAUAUGGCUAGUAUGCGGCUUCUCUGAAAGACUAAUAAAUUCUUCUCCCCCCACCUCUGCCCCCUUGUGCUGGUGGUCAGUAGAUCCCCUGCGGUUUAUGAUUUAUCAUGUGUGCUCAACAGACUUUGAAUAGAAAAUAGAGAGUCUGUGAACAGGCUAAAUCAAUAUGGUCAGAAAUAUCACAGUGAAGCACACACUAUUUUUAGCUAGAUUAGGCUAGUGGUCCUGAUUAGCCUUUCUGGGACAACUUUAUCUUCUACAUGUAUUUAUGCAAGGAAACUACAUCUGUGAAGAAGUCAGAGACAGAGCAAGUCACAGCAGUACCAAAAGAUGAGGAAGAAGACAAAGUUCAAACUGCAGUGUUAUCAAGUCCUUCUGCGGAUGAAGUUAACCUUGACUUUGUCAAGUACACUUGUGAUACAAGAAAGACAGCAAUGAAGGAAGGAAACAUCAUCACUAUAUCAUCUGUAACUCAGUCAAGAGUUAGGAUUGAUGGCUUUACGAGUGGAAGAAACAUGUCAGGUACAUGUACAAUGUGCAGGCAACACUGAUUAUCAACUGAUAUUGUUUGAACUUUCUAGAGCCGUUGCAAUCAUGAAAAAGUUCUUCAUAUCGCAAUAAAUAGAAUGCGCAUCAAUUGAGGUUUUUGGAUAUCUGACCACCUACCCCUCCACUAAGUUAUAACAUUAACACUUCUCACUUAAGGCAAAAUUUUGACGUAGGGGGUGGGGGGGGGGGGGGUAGAUUGGUUACCCAGAAAUGUCAACUGAUUCUAAAAUGAUACUAUUAAUCUUAAUAUUAUUGAUAAUAAUCUCCCAAUACAUGUAUUUCUACAUGCAGGUGCAAGCUUCAUAAAAAAUUUUCUCUAUACCCACGUAGUCUUAUAUAAAGAUGAUCCUUGUUUUUGGCCCUCGGUCAAUGGACUCGACAAAUUAUCAGAAGCGCAUUUUGAAUUUCCCUUACACCUGAUUGGCAAAUCAACAGUGGCUUUUAAACAGGCCAGUCGUAGUGCCUAAUCAAAUCCUGGUACACAGUUGGCGGCCCAGAACAAGGAUUUCGAUGGUGGCUAGCGGACGGACUUAACCAGAGGUUUAUUUUCACCUCUGACACAGGCUAGGCUUAGAUCUCCUUCUCAGCUAGAACUUGCAUGGUCAUUUUAUUUGCAUGUGCUUGUAACUUUUUGAUAGCCAUGUCUUCAUGUAUUAAAUAAAAGGUUUGGUUUCAGGCUGUGAGUUUGUGAAAGCUGUGUCAGGAUUUAAUUGCCGCCUUUGCAAGACUUUCAUUCGAUGUGGAAAUGAUGUGAUCAAUCACAUCAAAGGAAAAAAGCAUCAGAUGAAUUAUAAGGUAAUAGUAAUCGUGACAAUAAUAAUUAUUGAAACAGUGUGCUUUGUGCAGAAUUUUGAAAGAUCAUUGGUAGACUGACUAGAGUGUGUGUUUGUUUUCAUGGGUUCAUGUCAUCGUCUCGCUCAGUAAUAUCAUUUCAUCUUAGACUGCAAAACUGUCGGGUUUUUUUUCUCAAAAUCAGUAAAGAAAUCGGUAAAGCGUGGCGUACUUGAAUAUGCAAAAUUACGGACUGUUUUGCAGUCUAAUUUCAUCUUGACAUUUAUUAUUUUUCCGUGAUCUGUAUUUUUAUUCAUCUUUCUUUGGAAAGCUUAUUUUGAUUUGUUCAUGUAGCUAUCUCGAUAUUAAAAUUAAUUUUCAGCUAAAAAAAUGUUUUUUUUUUCAAAACAGACCACUUAGUUUGAAAGAAGGGAUUGGAAACCUCUAGUGACUGCUUUGCCAGACUCUUGUUACUGUGUUUGCUGUAUGUUUGAUUGAAAGCUGAAAUGGUGUGAUUACCCAUAUUAUCAUUCUAGACCUACAUCCAAGAUCACCCACAAUAUGAAGAUCAUCAGAUGACACGUAAUAAAGAACUGGAGGCUGUGCUUGAACCAAAAGAAGGAGAAGAAGUUGUCUUAUAUGAAGUGCUUGAUAAGGACAUUAAGCCGCCUUCUGCCAAGACACGAAGCCAUCGUAAAGACUCACAGUCUGAACAGUGUGAUGAGGUAAGCCCAGUUAUCGUAAAUGAGCUAAUAAGCUCUUACUUCCAAAUAACCGCCUCUUGUCUAAUAAUCGCCCCCUCUACGUUGUUAACCCUUGGACGUGCACGCAAAUUCAUACCCCCACCAUGGUACAAAGGUUGGGGGGGGGGGGGUGGGGAUGGAACCGCUCUUUGAUAUGUUGCAGUAUUUUAAGAGGAUUUUACCUUUAAUGGAAAGUAAUUAGCCAAAGCAAAGUUCGUGUGGGGAGGGGGUGGAAUUUUUUCCAAAAGGAAAAGACGUGAUACUGACGUCAUACCGAGUCCCAGUUUCCCACAGUACACAAGAACUCAAAUCUUACCAUUUCCUUACAGGUACAGAUAACUAGGUUUGUAGUCGCACCACCGUCUUCUGACCAAGAAGAGCAACUUCGAGGUGAGGAAGCAGCUGACUUGGAUGUGGACAUGGAAGGUAUGGACCAUGUAAAUGAAGACUCUUUCAUGACAGACGAAAGUAUUGAGGAACAACGAGAGACAACUGCGACAGGGACAGAUGAAGGAGAAGCUUUGUAUGAUCCUGCAGAGAUUACUAGUGUUGAGGAAUCCCAGGAGAGUCAAAUAGAAACUGCUCCACAACUUGAAGUAAGUUCUUCCUGCAAUUUCUUAUGGAAAACGAAGUGUUGCAAGAUGCACAUUUUUUUGCGUGGCCCUGCAAUUAUUAUUUUUUUCUGUGUUCAACAUAGAUUGGGUUUUUCUUUGUCUUUGUACAGCCAAUUUUGUUUGCUCGAGUCUCUUUGUGAACUAGGUGCCUUUGAAAAUCAGGCGUUCGCUCAUUUGCAUAUCUCCCAUAAUGCACCGUAUUUGCCACUCCGAAAUUUUGUCACGAGCUAGAAGAUCAUUAUUAAUUUUCCUUUCUCCAAUGUGACAGGAGACCGAGGAUUAUAUUCCAUUGUCUACCGAUACAGCAGUGAACUCCGAGCCUGAGGCGGCCAAAGAGCCCAUGUCGACAACGCCAAGACGCGCCUCCAAUCAGUGGAAAGAGCGAGACAAUGACUCAGAGAGCAGUUCACCAGAUGAUACAGAAGACACACCCAUUAAAGAGGUCACUCCCCCACCUAGGCGUGGCAAAAAGGGUGCGGCAAGGGGAGGGGCUAGAGGUGGUGCAACCCGCGGAAAAGGGCGUGGUCGAGGGGCAAGGAGAGGUGCAAAAGCUUCGGUUGGAGGAAGGGCUUCUAAAGUUAAAAAGACGAAGGCGAAAGAAGGCGCUGACAAUAUCGACGACGUGAACUUAAUAGAGGGUUUUGAAGUCAUAGAUGAGAUAGGCGAUGGUGAAGAUUAGAACCGGCGAGGCAUAGACUUAGUACAUUUACUCAGUGCUUUUGGCUUUAAAUAGUCUUGUGUCGAGAUAAGGCUAGCUUUUUCUACGUGUCAAAGACCGACAGAUUUUAGGUUUCUUUUCUGUAAUUUUUAGAGUAAGCACUAAUAUUCUACGGAUUGUGAUGUCGCUUAUAGAACCCCUAUGUUGGAAUUUGCCUUUCAGUUUUAAAAGAAUUUUCAUAAUAUUUAUAGAUGGGAAUUUUAGUAGCUUUUCUCUGAAAAUUUUUGUUUCUCGUAGAGAUAGCAUUUACAUAAUAACUCAAUGGGUUAAGCUCCGUCCUCCUCUUCAUCUCUGUAUUUGUAAAUUUCCAUCCUUAUUAAAUCAUUGUUCUAAACUGUUG